CGCGGUGAGUGACGGGGGAGCUUUGGGCGCGAGUGUCGGAGCUGCGGGCGGGACUAGGCCUCAGGCUGGGCAGUUGCCGCUACUCACGGCCGCCGCCAUCCAUCAGCCCGGUCCCGGAGUGGAUCCGGAUCCACCGGACUGGAGCCGGAGCCGGAGCGAUGCUGAGGGAAAUCCCGGACUGGGGUUGUGAUCUCGCCAGAGUUUAGUUUACACAAGAUGGACACAAAAUGCUGUCCCACUUAGGCGACUACAGCCGGUGCUGACUUCGGUGAAUUCCAUUGGCGACUACCUACGUCAACUGGCGACAGAAUUGUCUUACCUUGUGGUAGCUUGUCGCGAGUAGACGUAGGUGUGGUCGUAGGUGAAUGUCCUAAUGCUUGCCGGUUGUCGGUAGUUUGACGUCGACUAGGAGUGUGGUGACACCCUGCCAUGCUGCUGCAGACACGGGGAAUGCAUGGAUUCAAUCACAUUCACCAGUGACACAGUGCUUUCUGAUGUCCACAUCUACACCCCAAACUGUAGCCACUUGAUGGUGAGGCUGAAUGGAGAUGGACAACCAGUUUUUGUGUCGAAGUUCAAAAUACUACAUAAUAGUACUGCCCACAGCAAGGGUGACGUGGAGCAUCUGAACAAUGAGGAAACCAGAGAUGAUGAUUUGAUUCACCAGAUUGGUGGCGGUGGAGCCACUGUGAGUGGCAAAGAUGAACCACGCUCUGACACCUUGCUUGAUGCUGAUGGAGACCUGGACGUCACGAGAAGAUCUGAUGGCAAUCUUCACUCUGAUGAAGACGAUGAAUGGAGAGAGAAAGUAUAUCCCACCAUAAUCAGUAAAGGGGAAGAUUUUUUCAACGAGGAGCAGGAGGAAGAUUGCAGUGAGAUCAGAAUAGAACACACAAUGGGUACUGCGCUGGAGGAUGUCGGAAAGCAGGUGUGGCGGGGUGCUUUUCUCCUUGCUGACUACAUUUUAAAUUAUAGUCACCUAUUCAGAGACCACACCGUUCUGGAGUUGGGAGCGGGCACAGGAAUGACCAGCAUUGUCACGGCAACUGUUGCUAAGACCAUUUAUUGCACAGAUGUUGGUGAAGAUUUACUGAAUAUGUGUCAACGAAAUGUAAUCGCAAACAAACAUAUUUAUGGAACGACAGGAAGUGAAAUAAAAGUAAGAGACCUGGACUGGCUAAAAGAUGAAUUUUGCACAGACACUAAAAACCCAUACUGUUGGUCGGAAGAAGAAACUGCCCAGUUGCAUGACCAGACGGAUGUGCUGUUUGCUGCUGAUGUAUUCUACGAUGAUGACUUGACAGAUGCAUUCUUUCAGACAAUCUACAGAGUUUUGAGCCAUUUGAGAAAUCCAAGUACUGUAUAUCUCUCUGUGGAGAAAAGACUGAACUUUACGUUGCGAAAACUGGAUGUUACAUGCGAUGCUUAUGAUCACUUCCGACUGUGUUUGGAUGAGUUGGCAAACAUGAGUGACGGGAGAACUUCAUUUGUUGUGGAGUCAGUCAAACUUGCUUUUCCACAGUUCCUGGUUUAUGAGCGAGUGGAACAAUUGGAACUGUGGAAAAUAAUUGUUGAGCCGCACACAGCAAUGAAAAGGCUAUUGUAACUGAAAACACAUGCAAAGCAGGACGGUUUAUUGCUGUAGUUCAUUUAAAGCUUUAGCCAAAGAAAGAAACGAGGUUAUUAUUUUAAAAUACUAAGCUACUUUAUUCAAUAUUUUAUCUUUAAUUGCAGCGUGGAAAUGAUAUGGCGUACAAUCACUUAAUGUGUUUGGUUUGGAUUUAACAGUGAAUACGUCAAUACCUCAUUAAAAUAAUAUGGAGCAGAACUUUAUGCCUUGAAAGUACAAAAGAUUAUAUUAGGCGGCUGAAGGGCCUGUUUCCAUGCUAUAUCUCUGAAAUUAAAACUAACUCUAAAUCCACUGUGCCUUUCCCAUCACUUUGAAAGAGCUAUUUCUUUCUUUAUUCACGCCUUGCUGCUUUUUGCCUGUGGUGUUUUAAUUUAUCCGUUUUAAGUUUAUUGCUUUUUAUUAGAUCUUCCUGCAACAUUCUCUUCUCUACAGAAAAUAAUCCUUGAUUCUCCAGCCUUUUCAUGUAGCAAUAAUUCUUCAUCCUUGGUAGAUAUCAAGUAAAUGUUCUCUGCGCCCACUCAAAAUCCUUGGCUUAAUAGUUACAGCUGAUUAAAAAGUCAAAACUUGCAAGCUAAGUUUAAUUUAUUGUGAUUGAGUUUACAUGAAACUGGUUGCUGUAUUUUGUAGAAGUAUAUUUUAUGAUGCAUUGCAUUUAUUUUGAUAAUAAAGGUUAAAAA